AUGUUUGAAAACAUUCCAAAUUGUUCCCAACUCAACAAUGAAAGUAAGAUUCAGUCAAUCCACUACCCUCAGAAACGUUUUUAUCGCCAAAGAGCACAUAGCAAUCCAAUGUCUGAUCACGAUCUAGUCUACCCUCUUUCUCCAGAAAAGUAUUUUUUUCGAGUAAAAAUUUUCAAAAAAUUCUUUUUAAGAAUGGAUUGGUCUCAACUUUUUUCUUCUUCUUCAAGUAAUUCUUUGCCUCAAUUUGCUGAUAUUGGUUGUGGAUAUGGAGGUCUGUUGGUUAGACUUUCGCCCAUGUUUCCUGACAUUAUGAUGGUUGGAAUGGAGAUUAGAGUCAAGGUCUCAGAUUUCGUUCAAGACAGAAUCAAAGCUUUGAUAGAGCAAAACCCCUCAAAAUAUGGAAAUAUCUGCUGUGUCAGAAGCAAUGCAAUGAAGAACAUUACAAACUUUUUCUUCAAAGGACAACUUGACAAGAUGUUUUUUCUCUUCCCAGAUCCUCAUUUUAAGAAGACAAAGCACAAAUGGAGGAUAAUUUCAACAAAUUUGCUUUCUGAAUAUGCUUAUGUUUUGAGGCCUGGAGGUAGAAUCUAUACAAUAACUGAUGUAGAAGAAGUACAUAAAUGGAUGGUUGAUCAAAUUGGACAACACCCACUUUUUAAACGUUUGGAGAAGGAAGAAGAAGAAAAAGAUGAGAUUGUGCCUUUACUUUAUGAUAGCACAGAAGAAGGACAAAAAGUUACUAGAAAUUCAGGUCAAAAGUGGUUAGCGUUGUUUCGGCGACUUAAAAAUCCUUAAAAAAAUUUGUAUUUUUUUUUAUUUUUUUUAUCAAUAAAAUUAUUCUUAAAAAUUUUGUUUUUUGACUGUUUUUGUCAGUUGAUAUCUUUUUUAUUAUUCUUUAUUUUAAUUAAAUUUUUUUGAAGUUA